UACUCGCCUCCAUACAUUUACAUCUUACCUGCACGCAAACCCAUUCCACCCAUCCCACCAAGGACAAAUCAAAAAAGAAAUAUAAAGAAAAAUCAAAAAUCAGAAACGCGAACAAACCACCAUGGCCGACUUCUCCAAAACCCUCAUCGUCGCCAUCGUCGCCAGCAUCGUCGCCGUCAUCGCCGCGUUCGGGCUGAUAUACUACCUGGCGCUGAACUGGACGAAGCUGCUGCGCCGCGGCAAGCCCGACCCCUGGGACAAGGACGCCGAGAAGUCCUGGCCGAAACCGCGAAAAUCCGGCGAAGCCAACGUCUCCUUCUCCUCCUCGCCCGCCUCCUCGCCGCGAUCAUCUAGGAUGGGCGAUGAUCCUGUGACGGGAAGCAGCAGCAGCAGCAAGCUACAGGAACCUAUUAACGGCGGCGGGAGUGAGCCGAUAACGCCACCGCGUAAUGCCAAACUAUGAGGCGUUUCUGCCCCUCCCCCUUUUAUUUAUUUUUAUUUUUAUUUCAUCAUCAUCAUCAUCGUUGUUACUACUACUACCAUCACGACAUAUAAACUACGGCCUGCA